GCGGUUUGAACAGGAAGGCGGACAUGUUGCUCUCGGGCUCUGGGAGAAUGUAUUAUUUUUGAAACAAACAACGUCGAUCAAAGUCUGAUUUAUCGAUCUAUCGGUGCGCCAAUACACCUCACUGGAUGACCACACGCCGUGGUCACGUCUAAAGCUCGAGGCUGACCCACAGAGGAGACUUUUUUUAACAAGAGAAACGGGAUCGUAAAUAUUUUUUAAGUGUUUGAAAUUCUGAAGGCGAAGUUUUUUUUUUUUUUCCGCCGCUUCUUUGCAGCUGUCAGAGUGAGAUGGACUCAGGCCUGGGACCAUCACAACUUUAUCACUUUAUAUAUUAUUUUUAUUAACUUCUCAAUCAUCUAUCUGACUACAUAUAUAUAUGUUAUUUUUAAAAAUAUAUAUAUAGAUAUAUAUUCUCUAUAUGUGUGUAUUUGGGCGCUAAUUUAAUCCAGCGGCAAGGCUGGAACUUUUUUUGGUGUUCUUUGCCAACUUGCAUUGGGACUUAAAUCAGGAUUAAAACUACCUACCUUUCAUUUUUAGACUCUUUUUUUUUUUUGCUGUGAAAAUGUGGAUUUUUGUGGUUUUUCGCUCUUAUAUACGCCGAGACGAGACUGAGAGGCUGAAAAGACAGAAGAAUCCGCUCCUCUGAUCAAACUCGGAGUCAAAAGGAAGUUAGCUAGCUGGGAGCUAGCAGGCUAAAACUUAUUAGCUGGCUAGUCGCAAGGAUUAAAAACAACCGACUACAUCAAUAUAUAUAUAUAUAUUUAAUCUAUCCUGGGAUUGAACUUUGAAUAAAAGAGAGGAAAAUGUCUGCUGGGAAAAGUUUAUCAGCUCGUUUCGAGAAAAUCGACUCCAUGUUGAAUGAUCCCAAGUCAGAGAUCAACACCGACUGUCUGCUGGACGGCUUGGACGCUCUGGUCUACGACCUCGAUUUUCCAGCCCUGAGGAAGAACAAGAGCAUCGACAACUUCUUAAGCAGAUAUAAGGACACCAUCAGUAAGAUCCGGGAUCUGCGGAUGAAGGCUGAUGACUACGAGGUGGUGAAGGUGAUUGGGAGAGGAGCGUUUGGAGAAGUGCAGUUGGUGAGACACAAGGCCAGCAGUAAGGUGUACGCUAUGAAGCUUCUCAGUAAGUUUGAGAUGAUAAAGCGCUCGGACUCUGCGUUCUUUUGGGAGGAGAGAGACAUCAUGGCCUUCGCUAACAGCAACUGGGUUGUACAGCUCUUCUAUGCCUUCCAGGACGAUCGUUACCUCUACAUGGUGAUGGAGUACAUGCCCGGAGGAGACCUGGUCAAUCUGAUGAGCAAUUACGACGUGCCCGAGAAGUGGGCUCGCUUUUACACGGCCGAGGUGGUGCUGGCGCUGGACGGGAUCCACGCCAUGGGUUUCAUCCACAGAGACGUGAAACCUGACAACAUGUUGCUGGACAAAACAGGUCACUUGAAGCUGGCAGACUUCGGCACUUGCAUGAAAAUGAACAAGGACGGUAUGGUACGAUGUGAUACGGCAGUGGGAACUCCAGACUACAUUUCUCCAGAGGUACUGAAGUCUCAGGGCGGAGACGGCUACUACGGCCGAGAGUGUGACUGGUGGUCAGUGGGGGUUUUCCUCUACGAGAUGCUCGUCGGGGACACGCCCUUUUAUGCCGACUCUCUGGUGGGAACCUACAGCAAGAUCAUGAACCAUAAGAAUGCUCUGACCUUUCCUGAGGACAAUGACAUCUCCAAAGACGCCAAGAGCCUCAUCUGCGCCUUCCUCACCGACAGGGAAGUACGGUUAGGACGUAACGGAGUGGACGAAAUCAAGCGGCAUCCUUUCUUCAAGAAUGACCAGUGGACCUGGGAGAACAUCCGCGACACGGCUGCCCCGGUGGUGCCGGAGUUGAGCAGUGACAUCGAUACCAGUAAUUUUGAUGAUAUUGAAGAGGACAGAGGAGAAGAGGAGACCUUCCCCAUCCCUAAAGCCUUUGUUGGGAAUCAGCUUCCGUUUGUGGGCUUCACCUACUACAGCGGUCACCAGUUUUCUCGAGGACCGAGUGCAAAAACCAGCAACAAGCAUGACGGUGCUAGUAAAGAGGAUAAGAGCCAGCUGGAGAAUCUGCUGAAGAAAAUCCACCAGCUGGAGGAGCAGUUUCAUGGAGAGAUGCAGUUGAAGGACGAGUUGGAGCAGAAGUGCAGAGCCUCCAACACCAAACUAGACAAGAUCAUGAAAGAGUUGGAUGAAGAGUGUAAUGCGAGGAAAUCUGCAGAGGCCAGUGUCUCUCUGCUGGAGAAGGACAAGCUGAUGCUGCAGCACAGAACCACCGAGUACCAGAGGAAAGCAGAUCAGGAGGGAGAGAAGAGACGCAACCUGGAGAACGAGGUUUCCACUCUGAAGGAGCAGCUGGAGAACAUGAGGAAGCUCAGUCAGAACACCCAGGCCUCCAGUGAUAAGAUUGCUCAGCUACAGCACCAGCUGGAAGAGGCCAAUGACCUGCUGCGGGCUGAGUCGGACACGGCGGCUCGGCUGAGGAAAAGUCAGACGGAGAUGGCGAAGGCCAUGAGUCAGCUGGAGUCACAGAACGGAGAGCUGCAGGAGAAGAGCAGAGCGGCCGACGACGCCAGGAGACAGCUAGAGAGAGAGCUGCUGCAGCAGCAGAACACGCUGGACACCGAGAGACGGACCCGCAGCCAGGGGUCUGAGGAGAUCCGACAACUACAGGCUCGCAUUGCGGGACUUCAGGAAGACAACAAGGAGCUGAAGCAGAGCAUUUCCAAGGUGGAGACAGAAAGAAAGCAGGCACAGGAAAGGAACAACAUUUUGGAAAAGGAGAAGAACAGUAUGGAAAUUGAUCUAAACUACAAGCUGAAGAUCCUACAGCAGCGUCUGGAUCAGGAGAUAACGGAGCACAGAGUCGUGCGAGCUCAGCUGACCGAUAAAUACGAGUCCAUAGAGGAGGCCAAGUCUGCUGCUAUGCAUGCGGUGGAGCAGAAGGUGUCGGAGGAGAGUGUGCUGCGCCUGCGGGCUGAGAGUCGAGUGGUGGAGGUGGAGAAGCAGUGCUCCAUGCUGGAGUUUGACCUCAAGCAGUCCGUCCAGAAGAUGGAGCAGCUCAUGAAGCAGAAGGACAGACUGGAGGAUGAAGUGAAGUCUCUGCGUGUUCAGCUGGAGCAGGAGUGUGGGAAACGGGCCAUGGCUCAGAGCGAGAUGAAGACCUGGUGUGGUGAAGCUGAAAGGUUGAGAGGGACGGAGAAGCAGCUGAAGCAGGAGCUCAAUUCGGCGCUGGAGACCAAGCGCUCACUCGAGUUCCAGCUCGCACAGCUCAGCAAGCAGUACAGAGGGAACGAGGGUCAGAUGAGGGAGCUGCAGGACCAGCUGGAGGCCGAGCAGUAUUUCUCCACGCUGUAUAAGACUCAGGUGAAGGAGCUGAAGGAGGAGCUGGAGGAGAGAAACCGGAUGGUGCAGGAAUGGCAGAGGAAGGCGCAGGAUUUGCACAGUGAAAGGGAAUCUCUGAUGGCUCAGCUGGACCUGACGGUGACCAAGGCCGAGUCGGAGCAGCUGGCCAGAGCGUUACAGGAGGAGCAGUACUUCGAACUGAGCCAGGAGAGCAAGAAGAGUUUAUCACGACACAAACAGGAGCUAGCCGAGAGGGAAUCCACUAUAGCACGGCUCGAGGAAUCCAACAAAACUCUGACCAAAGACGUGGAGAACCUCAGCAGGGAGAAAGCCGAGCUAGACGACAAGUUCCAGUCUCAGAAUAAUGCGUUUGAAGCUCAGAGAGAAGAAAUUUCAAAUGCCAUUAAGGCCAACUACGAGAAGAUCCUCAACCAGGAACGAACACUUAAGACACAGGCGGUGAAUAAACUGGCUGAGAUCAUGAACCGUAAGGACAUGAAGCUGGACCAGAAGAAGCGCGGCAGCACCACAGACCUGCGCAAGAAGGAGAAGGAGAACCGAAAACUGCAGCUGGAGCUCAACCAGGAGAAGGAGAAGUUCAACCACAUGGCCAUCAAAUACCAGAAGGAGCUCAGUGAAAUGCAGGCGCAACUGGCAGAGGAAAGCACGUACCGUAACGAGCUGCAGAUGCAGCUGGACAGUAAAGAAAGCGACAUUGAGCAGCUGAGAGAGAAACUGAAUGACCUGCAGCUGCGCAUGGAGAACACCAGCGUGACCAGUCUGCAGACGGACGAGGUGGACAGCAACACUGCAGAAUCGAGAUUGGAAGGCUGGCUCUCAAUCCCGAACAGAGCCAAUAUCAAACGAUACGGAUGGAGGAAACAGUAUGUUGUAGUGAGCAGUAAGAAGAUUCUGUUCUAUAAUGAUGAGCUGGAUAAAGAGCAGUCCAAUCCCUCCAUGGUGCUUGACAUUGACAAACUCUUCCAUGUGCGCCCGGUAACCCAAGGCGAUGUUUACCGCGCCGAAGCAGAUGAAAUUCCCAGAAUAUUUCAGAUUCUGUACGCUAAUGAGGGUGAAUGCCGUAAGGAAGUGGACGUGGAGACCAUUCCUCAAGGCGAGAAAGCUAACUGUCUGGCUCACAAAGGGCAUGAAUUUAUCCCUACACUUUACCACUUCCCAUCAAACUGCGAGGCCUGCUCCAAACCACUGUGGCACGUCUUCAAACCACCACCUGCACUCGAAUGCCGCCGGUGCCAUGUCAAAUGCCACAAAGAUCACCUCGACAGGAAGGAGGACGUCAUCGCGCCAUGCAAAGUGAACUAUGACGUGACGUCAGCACGUGACAUGCUCCUGCUAGCGCUCACCCAGGAUGAGCAGAAGAAAUGGAUUGGCCAUCUUGGCAAAAAGAUUCCCAAAACACCUCCAUCUAGUUUCUCUCGAGCAUCCCCUCGCACCAUGAGCACUCGCUCAGUAGCUAAUCAGUCAUUCCGCAGAAACCCUAAAAACAGCUCCGGAAAGUCCAGCAGGGCUCAAUCCAACCUCCUCGCUGCAGACACAUCGUCGAGUUCCUGCUGACAUCUACACCACGAGGAGAGUUCAGCAUAGUUUAUCUUUCAUCAGUUACCCUCUAUACUUACCACUCCUUACUGCCCCACUCCUCUCUAGGUUCACAUGGGUUUUAGUUCAGGGUUUUUUUUUUUUUUAAAGCCUUUUGCUUCAUCAGCUACAAAAUUGUCGGCUAAAAGUUUUUUAAGGCUGCAAACCAAAACCAGUCCAGAAGCAAAGGUAUCUUUAUUAACUGUGUUCAUCGCCACCUAGUGGUGACAAAGAGCCCAGAUUCACGAAAAUCUACAGCAUUUGAGCAACCGAGCUGCCUUAAAAACCUUUUAAGGAACUGUCGAGGAAAGGGCUUCCGUGUUGUGUCUCAGCGGGAACGUCUUAAAGGGUGUUGUGAUAGAAAUGUCUCAGAUCCGUCAGAACAAAUGGGGUCAGCUUGCGGUGUGUCGUCUUCACUUCUGGAAAGUUUAUGGUAACUGAGCAUGAAGGCAUAUUCUAACACCGGAUGUGUGUUUGCUUGCUUAUAUUUAUGUGAAACGAUGAUAAUUAAUAAUCCUCAGUGUGCUACAAUGUAAUGAAGGCAAGUGAUGAUGAUGAUGAUGAUAUUAAAAUUUCAGAAGGUUUGGCCACUAGUUGAGGAUGAUGUCAUCAGAACUCCCAGCUCUUUGGGUUGAUAAAAAUGAAAGACCCUCACCCUGUGUCCACACGCAGGCUUUUUUUAGUCGUAUGCCGAUUAGGCGAUGACGUGGCAAAGCAGUACAUUAAAACGAUUGGUCUGAUGAAGCAUUUGAGCCAAUCGUAAGAGACGUGUGGUCUGAUGUUUCCUCAGUUCCUCUAAAAACUUUAGUUCCUGCCUGAAAUUAGUCGCUGUUCACUAUUUGACACACCGAAAUGGAAGAAAAAAUAAGUAGCAUACGGUAGCUAGAAGGCUGUUUUGCUAACAAAGUUAAGCAUGUGUUGUACAAACAUUUUCCCCACAAGAGAUAAACUACCUGCUAGUGUGGACGCAGGGUUAGGUGUCUUUAGGGUAUCUUAGCCUAAAAAAUAUUGGCUUGAAUGUUAUAAAAUGACAGAUUAUCAUCACAUGCCUGAUUAAAGCUCCUGUAGCGCACACUGCAGUCGGAGAGAAUAUGACUCCCUAUGUAUAUGUUAAAAAAAAACAACAACUAUCUUCUCUGCUCUUUUUUUUUCUUCUUCCAGCUAACCACCUGAAUCUUCUCUCUGAAACAUUUGGGACUCCUCAAUUUGAGACUUUUAUACAUCACAGGUUAAUCAAUACAAACCUUAAACAAAAGCAUUUAAAGAUAAAUAACGGAAUUAACCCUAAACGGCCGUUACACUGGGCAGAGAAGCUGAUGGGAAAAGGCUCCUCCUGUUCUCCUUUCACACGGCUCGUGAUGGGACCACGUGUUGCUCUGAAGGGAACUUUGAUGGGAUUCGUACUAAAAGGUUCUUCACUCUUGGGAAAAUGUUGACUCUAAAUUGGCGACUGCGACGUUCAAAACCUCGGCCUGACGGACUCUCGGCCUUAAUGUUCCUGAAGGGCGAUAAAUUAACGUGGGGCAAUAAUCAAGACGGAGUACUGGGUACUGAGUAUUAGUCUUUUUUCUUUUCUUUUUUUUUUUUUUUUUUUGAGGAGCAUGCAAGAUCAUUACAAUCUAUGCAUAUCGUUGUUAUAAUAAUUAUCGUUAUUGUUAUUAUUGAAUCCUCCGAGCCACAGGAAUACAUCGGAAACGGCUGAAGGAGCUUAAAUUUCAAUGACUUUGUGUUUUGUUUUGUUUUUCUCGGUUGGUUUUUGUUCAUUUGGGUACAUUAUUACUGAAAUGCUUCACUGUAAUGUUUUAUAUAUAUAUUUUUUUUUUUGGUAAUGUGUUGCCUUACUUUUGAUUCCUAGAUAUGAAUGGUUGAAAAAGGAAAAAAAAAAAAAAAAGAGAGAAACAUUAAGUUAACAAAUGUAAAACUGCACUGUUUGAAUUGUAAGUUAUUUGUAGAAGACUAAAACAGGUGUAGCGUUCAGCCCACCUAGUGCCUUACCGACUCUCGAGACCGAUUUUUACUGCCAUAUCUGUUUUGUGUCGCUCUCCCCAAUGCUAAAUCCUAACUAUUGUUCUUUUUAAGAAAAAAAAAUAUGAUAUGAUGCAUAUCAUCCACCUUCUGGUUUUAUCAGGGCGCUCCUUGUUCGUUAGAAUCUCCAGGUUUCGUGUUUCCUGAUCGAGGCGGUGCUUUCAGACGCAGACAGGGCGGGGAAUAGACUCGAUCUUUAUAAACAUAGAGAUUUUUUUUUUUUAAAACUUUCCUGGAACGUUCAGACAGCCAUCGUCUUGGCGUGGACCAACCUGAAGAUGGUUUGAACAGGAUAACACACAGCUAACGAUUAGCAUGAAUGUUCGAGCCUGUAUAUUCAGUCUACCUACUCAGCUAGUCUGCUUUAACGUUGACGAUUUCAGAGCCUCCUUUCUAACAGCACUGUGCGUGUUAAAUAUCACAAUAUAAAUAAUAUUGUAUAACCCAUGACCGGCACCUUCCUUCUUCACAGGUGUUCGCUAGAAACGAGGGUUCCUCCACUCUUCAUUACAGAGGCUAAGAUUGGAAAUGAUGGUCCUUACUUUAGAAUGUAACCGGUCCUAGAUUCUCAGACCUUGUUGCCAUGUUGUACACAGAUGAGUAUUUUCCUGUGCUAACAACUAGCUCAUAGAGAGUGAGUGACAUCCCUGGGUUUGCAGAGGCGGAGCAUCAGUUAAACUCGAUCAGUUAAUCCUACAAAUAUUGUGACAUCACAAUGCUUUAAAAAAAAAAAAAAAAAAAAAUCCCAUUCACUUCUUACGCUCAGUUAAGUACGUGGAAUAAGACGCUAGAUUUAAUAACACCACAUGUAAAGAAUAUGUUCGUUUGCUACACGUACAUCGACAUUACCCUGGUCGCUAGUCAAAGUUAAAGACUGAGCUAGCUAAAAUUAGGUGAUUGUAUUAACACUGUGUCAUUGGUGUAAUUAAAAGCAGCAUGUGAUGAAGUCAUUGGCUGAUCAAAUUUAACUCCGCACUUAGUAAAGCUCAGAACCGCGUUUAUUCCAGGAAAAUCCGAACAGUGUGAACUUGCGUACGGUUUCCAUCGUCUUGCUCAUACCUGUACAGUUGUAACCCCUCCCCCGCUUUUCCUGGACACAGUCUCACUUGUUUUCCCCCCUCGCCCAUCAAGAAGCGAGACGGAGAUCAUGAAUACCUCCUCGGUUACUCGCUCCAGUUUUUAGGUAAUGUGUUCAGUUAAAUGAAGCACUGGAACUACGGUGGCGAUCUACUUGGAUGAACUGCAUGUUUGAUUAGGUUUGGAGGCCCGCACUGAUGGACGUGUGUCAAUAAACGUUAUCUUUAUCACCUA